GUUUUCAAACAAUGGCAUACCAAAUGCAAAACUACUACUAUUAUCAUGAUGUUUUACAUGUUGCCAUAGGGGAUCGUUUGGGAGACAGCAGGCGCAAACGAAGUGGCGGUACUUUGCAAAGGACGGCGGUGCAAGCGGACUCGCUGAGGCCGCACUUUAACCAUACCUUCAGGUUUCCAAGACCAUCAGAGCACGCCAACAAGCGUAUUCACAUCGAAGUCUGGCACCGCGACCGAUCUUCAAGGACUAGCGAGCUACUUGGAUGCAUGAGUUUUGACGUCAAAGAUGCUUGUGAAAAGAGCAUUAAUGGUUCAUAUAGUCUGCUGCCUCAGUCAGUGGGUCGCAGUCAUAAUUUACCGAUAACACCGGGCAGUCACCAAGACACCUUGCCGGCCUGGGACUCCCCCACGAUGUGCGAGAGCCAAUCGAGCGUGGAGGAGGUUAUCCAGCUGGACGACCUUGACGCGGACCUAAAAAAAAAUACGAAUCGCACCACCUUAAGCGAGCAGCAAAAGCACGCAGAUGAGAAUCUGUUCUUGCGCUACCUGGAGCUGGAUCCCACUGAAGGGCCGGACGCGCCUGCCGCCGCCACCCAAAGAAAAGCCGUGGGCAAUAAGUGCGGAAGGACACCUUUUACGCAGACCAAGAGGCUGAUAAGGCCGGCAAAAUGCGGAUUCGGAUUCUCGGUGGUUUGGACGCAUCCGCCGAGAAUAGAACGGGUGGAAAAAGGAUUGUCUGCGGAUAAGGCUGGAAUUUUGCCCGGCGAUUAUCUGAUAUUCGUCGACAAGCAUAACGUGGUGAUGAUGCCGGAGAUCGAUAUUUUAAACCUAAUUAGAUCAUACGGAAGUCAAUUAACGCUCGAAAUUUUCCGACGCAACCAAUCACGAAACGGUUCCGUGCCUAACAUAAAGCAGCCUCUGAUAACCCCUUCGGCGACCAGCACACAGUCCCCCACCACCUCGACUAACGCAAACACCACGGCAAACAUCAACUUGGCCAUGAUGAACGCGGCAACGGGGAGUAGCGCGACGUUGCCGUUGGCGCCGCUUAGCACCGCGACGCAACGAAGGCCGUCGACAGUCUGCUCGACCAACACCACCUCCAUGGACUACAGCAGGAGAAAACUGCACCUGCCGCAAGUCACUUUCAGUUCUGAGAAUAAAACCAACAAUCCCGAAGAAAACAAACGAAAAGCGAUGUUUCAACUGAUAAGCAAAGAACAAACGUACGCCACCUCGAUGCAAUAUGCAGUUACAAGAUUCGUUUCAGCACUGAAUGAACGAAGGGAAAUUCUGACACCGCAGGAGCAUAGGCAUCUUUUUCAAAAUGUUGAAGAGAUAUUAAGGCUAACCGAAGACAUCCUGGACAGCAUAGUGAACGAAGACGGUGAGCCGACGAUCCACAACGUGGUGCGCACUUACCACGCGAAGCUGACCGAGAUAACGUCCGCUUACAAGCGCUAUUGCGCAGGCAUUAAGCGCGCGGACUGCGUGCUGGCCGGAAAACUAAAAAACUCCAACUCGGACUUCGUGCGGUUCGUGCAGGUUCCGGCGGUGCCGCGCAGGCGACCCGAUAUUACCUCGUUUAUACACAAACCGUUGGAGCACUACAGAGAGAUUCUGAGGACUCUCACGGUCAUCCAGAGCUGCACCAAGCCCUCGAACGAAGAUUACGCUGUGAUAAAUCGAAUUAUACAUGACCUUCAGUCAACAUACAGAGAAAUGACGUCAGAGGCAGGGUUAAUGGAACCAAUUGGAGAGGGGAGACCACUGUUGUCAGUUCAAGAUUUAGAAAAUAGAUUAGUUUUCACCAAAUGCAAACCUUUUGUUCUGAACAAGCCAGGAAGACAGUGGAUUUUCGGCGGAGACUUAGGCAGAGUGGAAGGAAGAAAUGUGCGUCAGUAUUGGACGUUGCUGUUUAGUGACUUGUUAUUGUUUGCCAAAGUGUCGCGAGACCGAGUUCUGUUUAUUAUCGAAGACCCUUUACCGUUAGCACACAUAGCCGAUAUGUUUUUUAACGUUAGGAAAAAAGAUACUGAAUUUAGGAUAACAAUAUCGCCUGAGGGCAGGAACGCUUCGAGUCCGACGGUGCACUGCGGUCCAGAUUUAUCGAGAACGCCUCGGAAAAAUGCCAGCAAAAGGACUGUAAUCCUUCGAGCUCCCACCACCGAAUUGAAAGCCGUGUGGCAAAAUCUUCUUCAACGUCAAAUCUUCCACAUAAACUCGGGCAUGGACGGCAGUUCGUAUAGCAGCCCUAUAGAAUCUCCCACCGACGCUCCAAUCACCUCCUCCGUCGCGACGCUGCAGUCGGCCGAGUCGCUAUCGCUCCGGCAACGGCAGACGCCGCAAAACGUAAACAAUCAAAACGAAAGUAGAGAAAUUCAAAGACAAAUAGACGUCCUGAUUGAGCUUAAGUGUAAACAAUUAAGCAAAAGUAGUUUUAAUAGCAAGUGUAAUGCUAUCCAUUUAGAAAAGUGGAUGAAAGGGCAGCUGGACAGCUGCGGUUCGGAAGCUGACUUGGAUCAGCUGGAACACGAAGCUGAUCAGUUGGAGUACUGGACGGAGGAGAUGUUGCGUAAGAGGAGUCAGGAGCUGCGACUCGUCGAUAAUCAAGGUAACGUGGCAUUGCAGCAGGGUAAUGAGCCGAAGAGGUCGGAGACGAGGUGCGAGGAGUACGCGUUGUCCGAACACAGUCCGUCCAAGAGCACCACGCCAGAAAGCCAGGUGACCGUUCGUUCGAGCCCCCUACUACCCGAAACUGUACAAUUUUGUCGCCAGUGCCACAAAACUUGCCUUACGAACGGAAGCGUUAAGAACUCUGAGCACCACGUUCAGGAUGUCCACCACCAGAAGUCAGCUGAAGACGACGACGCCGACGACUGGCAGCCGCUGCUUCUUCUGGGGUUGUGUCCAGCUGCGGCCAGCUUCUGCAAGGUCGACCCCUUUUCAGCGCCCGUCCCCAGGAUUUCCGUUUUACCCGCCACUCCAGAGAGCUCCGUUAAUACUACGUCGUCCGAUAGGUUAAGGGAGGAGCAACAAUGCAAGUGCCAAACUCAAACUACUAAACCUCAGAUAAACGGUAUAGACUUGUCCAACGAAGUGGACAUUUCUCCAGAUGACUCUCCUCAGGCCGAAGAGCAUCCUUACAGAUCCCUGAGCAGUUCCGUAGUCACACUUCGUCGUUUCGGGACGGUUUCAAGCUUGGAACGAGUGGGUUCCGAGGAACAAGAAGAUGAGGAUGAAAGCCAGGUUUCUUCUGAAGCGGAUUGCGAUAAUCCAGGAGGCAUCGACAACGAAGCUUUCAAUGCUGGUACUGGUAUGAGCUGGACAGAAAAAGCGGGAUCUUUUGUAGCAGAGAAGAUGGCGUUUUUUGAAAGAUUUGGCGAGGAUUACAGGGCCGGAGGAAGGUUUUUUGAAAGAUAUUUGGGAACUUCAAAUCCUGUCAACGGCGACGAUUUGCAAGAAGAAGAGACCUCUGGCGCAACUUCCGGGGAAGAAAUUUGGGGCACUCCAACAAGUGGUGGGGAGUUGGAUGAUUCGUUGACGUCUCCAAAUUACGAGGGCAAACAGUCGCCGAACGACGGUUCGAUUUCUUCUGACAACGGCGAAGACACCGAGUUGAUGAUGGACGAGCUCCUGAUGACUCCGCCGAUGACGGGGGCCAUAAUCAGGGGCCUGUUGCCUCGCAGGACCCUGGAGCCCCUUAUCGAAGAAGACUGUUCCGAGACUUCGUCGUCCUCCGAUAUCACAUCGCUGACUGAACCGUCUCUGUCUCCUGAACAGUCACCUAAACAUCUGCGAAUUGCUACCGAAUUGGAUCGUAUACAGCAAAUUAAGACUGAAGUCAUAGUUUAACUUUACUUUAAAUCGAUAGUAUGCAUUUCUAGUUAUUUAAUUAAAUUGAUAGAAGUAAAUAUUAAAUUUAGUGUAUUAAUUCUUAAAGAAUGAAUUACAAUUUGAUAAUUAUUUAGAUGUAUUUUGUGAAGCGAUUAAUCUUAGCACAAACAAUAAUUAAAUUUACCAAUAUUGUCAAAAUUUUAC